AUGGCGAGCCCCGAGAAGGUCGCUGAGCUGGCGGCGCGACUGCGUAGCCUCGCUGAUAGCAUAUCGACCCACGAAGAUCCUCACGAAAGAUCCAAGACGUCGCUCCAAGAGGCUGCGGUGGAGUUGGAGCAGACUGUCACCAAGUUCCACUCACGCGGCGAUGCUCACGUACUGGUGCUGAUUGAUGCGCAUAGUCAUCCGGUAAGCUGUUCCCUUGUACCCAUUAUCCAGAGCCUAAGUCAGAUGGAUACACGACGAUCUACGUUGCAAGAUAAAGAAGCAGAUGACAAUUUCUGUAACGAUGUCUACCACGAGUCCUCCGAGCACAUCUACUCCGAGUUCGAAAGAGUCAAGCCAUUUAACAUCAAGAGUCGUCUUCAGAAAGCAAUUAAGAAUUACUUGAUCGGUAUAUCCGCGGUUGCAGCACUCGGGGCGUCUCGACUGAUUGUGCGCCUAUAUGCCAACUCGUCCAAGUUAGAGAAUGAUCUACUUCGCCCGCUUCAGCAAUUUGCUGUUCAAUUCUCCUCGAUUGACGCCGACUUCGACUUCAUCGGCGUUCAAGAUGAAGCUACGGUAGAGCUCAAAGUCUCUAAUGCCUUCGAAACAGCUCGAUACGAUCCAAAUUGCAAGCACAUCUUCCUCGCUGCUUGGAGACGACCCGUAUACCUCGCGAUGUUGCGCACAUCUUCCAAAAAGGUCACGCUAGUCCAGGGCGACGGGAUGGGCGCGGGGGCCAAGUUCGUUCCUCUGCCGUGCGAUUUUAUCAGCAUCCCGAAUAUCUUCGAUAAGCCCGCAGGAAAAGACCCGUUCUCUUCGCUCACAUCGCACUCUAUGCGCAAGCGCUUCGUAGAGAAACUGCUCAGCGUUGACGCUUCUUGCAAAAACGAGUCACACGAUCUCUCCUACGUCGACACUCACUAUGAUUGCGACAACUCCGACUUCCGUAUCUUCGAGACGCAAAACGUGGCCAUGUACCCGUCAACGAAGCUGGGCAUCGUCUAG